AUGGCGGGGGCACGAGCGAUCCUGCCUCCCAACAGAAGCGGCAGUCUCUCCCUGCGUGUCUGCGCACGCUUCUCGUGCGACGCGAGCACAGCAGCAGCGGCGAGGGCAAGAGAACAACCUUUUUCAACAGCGCACCCCGGUGCAGGUGUCAAAUGGCAUUCCCAGAAAGUCCUCUCCGCAGCGAAUCCUGAUGGUGGCAGUAUCCGUGCAUCCCGCGAAGGAAGAAGGUUCCCGGCAGCAGCAGCACAGGAGGGAGGGUUGGCGGGAAAGCAGGCAGCAAGUACGUCUCAAAAAGAGUCGGAGGGAGGUCACUUGCUGCGUGAGGAGGCUUUGCGCAUGCUGCAGCGGACUGCAGAAGUGGAACCUCACGAUCUCUCUUCGUGGGUAAGGAGCGUGCACCUGCUCUUUGGCUUGAAGGAAUACGAGAGGCUUCGCGCUGCAGCUCCUGAAAUGCUGCGCCUCGUCCGCUUCCUCCGGCCUGCAGAAGCGGCAAUGCUAGCACACCACGCUUCACACUUCUUCGCUGCCCGCAAAAAGAGGGACAGAGAGGACAGACGCGAGAGAAGUCUUGCAGUGGGUGUAGCGGGCAAAGGGCUGCCUCAUCAUGCACAGCAAAGGCGUGUGCCACAGCCGUCUCCAAGUCGAGAAGACGCGACGGCGGAAAGGUCCUUCCAGAACGCAUGGUGGAACGCUUUCUGCAAAGCAGCGCUUGGAAUUCUGCAGGAUGCAGACGGCCGGGAGACGGCCGUCAUUCUCGCCGCCAUUGCUGCCUCACAGACGUCGCAAACCGAGUUGGUAUCGCUGCUGCUUGCAGAAGCGGAGGCCUGGGCAGCCGAAAAUUCCCCUCGAAAUAAUGCGCUCAUCCUUCACGGUGCGGCACGCCUUGGCCUCAAAGAUCCGGCGUUCUACGAGGAUCUUCUUACCAGGGCAGAGGCGUUGUUGCCGCAGAUGAAUGAGCACAACCUCUCCAUGAUAGUUUGGGGAAUGGGGGAGGUUGGCGUCCGACAGCUCCGCUUCCUCGCUUCUGCUGCCGAGCAUCUCUUGCGAAUAUGUGACGCAAACAACAGCUUGCCCUACUUCCUUGGCCGCUCAGACGCAGUCAAGAGGCUUGUCCUCCUCCUUUCGCGCGUUCUUCCUCUUGCUGUCUUUGCGGUAGGGGUCGUAUACCGCCGUGUCUCCUCGCAGCGAUGCCGCGCUGUUUUUGCGCCUCCUGCUGCUGUGCAGGCAGGGAGCACGCUGGAUAGCAGCCUCUCAGUCUCGGCGUUCUGGACGCCUCUAGGGAGACUCUUGGCAGCGGGGUAG